AUGAUACAACAACUCCAGACCAGGAUCCAGCAACUCAAAGGCAGCAACCAGCAACUGGAAGCACAAGUCAUGGCAACCCCAAUGACAGGAAACAGUGGGUAUAAGUUACCCCCUCCAGCUUCUGAUAAUGGGAAGGACGGCAAUGUCCAAGGCUUCCUUACCCAGGCCAAAGCCUACCUCAGGUUCUAUGCACGCCAAAUCAAUACAGAACCAGACAAGGUGCUCUGCGUGGCAGGAUUCCUUAAGGGCGAGGCCCUCGAAUGGUUCGAACCAACCAUGAGAAACUAUCUCGACAAGAACGAGGAAGAGAGGGAAGACGAGACCAACAAUGUCUUCCAAAGCUAUCAUCAUUUCAAAGGAAAGCUCAGGACGACAUUCGGAAACCCUGACAAAGCCAGGUUAGCGGAACGACGACUCAUGACACUGCAACAACGAGGAUCAGCAUCCAAGUACGCAGCAGAAUUCAAGCAGAUCGCAUCUCGAACCGACUGGACCGAUGAAGAUGCUCUUAUGGCACAGUUCUACACCGGACUCAGAGACGACAUCAAGGACAAAGUGUCCAAGACCCAGCGACCCGACGAACUAGAUGACUAUGUCACCCAGGUGAUCAAAAUCAACAACAGACUCUACGAACAACAGGCAGAGAAACAAAGCUCAGGGGUCAGGACUUUCAUUAAACCAAACAUAGGGAAACAACGAUACAAUAAUCGCAACUACACCCCUAGGGUACCCAGUACCGCGACAGGAUACCAUUCGGGACCCAUGGACCUCGACGCCACCAAACAUGACAAGAAGGACGUCAAGUGUUACAACUGUGGAAGGAACGAACACUACAAAAAAGAGUGCCGCUCCUCACCAAGGAACAACAACCAAUGGAGAAAGGUACCAGAACCACAGCGACAGACUGCUGCCACGACACGCUCAGGAUACAUCAAAGAGCGGGAAGUCAGCAUGAUGGCUAGGGUCAACACUUCACAAGAACCUCAUAUUUCAGAAAAAGAAUACAGGUGCCAUCACGACCAGGAAGGAAGGGCGUGCCCGGCACACCCAUACUCAGCCAAAUCACAGGAAGCAAUUCGCAAAGGAUGCCAUUGUUACACUACUGUCAUAUACGAACUACACCCAUACGGUUGGACAGAUAGUGAGGACAAAGACUCGGACGAAGAUACCUUGACAUUCGACGACAAUGGACGACCAGAGCUACCCGAGAUCACUCCAGAAAACUAUCACCGAUUCAAGGACGAUAUUCGAAUCGUGACACAAGGCAGAUCACGACCAGAAGUCCACGUCACAACCACGGCCAGCAAAAGCAGCGCUACCACACAAGAAUUCAAUGCACAACACUUCCAAGAACUCAAUCUAAAACUAUUCGAGCAGAUGACAGCUCAAAAACAAAGCGAAAAACUCCAGGAGAAACGAGGACUCCAAACCGAUGGAUGGAUUGCAGUCCCAGGGCGAAGAGUAGAAGAAGACAAAAAAGUAAUCGACUACAUCCAGACCUAUGUGGACAAACCACCAAAGGUCAACACACAAAAAGAAGACACACGUUUGAUACCAAAAGGACUAGGACAUAAGGAAUUGUCCUGGAUUUCCUGUAUUCUUAAUGACUGUGGAUUACACCUGAGGGAGAAACUACACUAUCAGUGGUUCCCCACAAGGACUGGGUAA